CAGCAGCUGGCUAACGCCUUCAGCACCUUCGCAGCCUUCACUCAGGAGCUGCUGAUUGCCGUCAGGAGCCUGGCAGGAGCAGUGGCAGAAGCAGUGAUGACAGACAGCUUGAGGCUGAAGACAACAGCCACAUCAGACAUGGCAUCUGCAGCAUGAGGAGGAUGGAUGCCCCCAUCCCAUGCACGUUGUACCAGCAGGGAAAUGGGUGAUCCCAGGAGUCCUGUCCUUGUGUCUGAGCGAGGUUAUAGUGAUAGCAGGGCCAAGGAGCCAUUCCUGCACCACUUUCCAGAGGCUCAUUAUGAGUUGGGAUACCUCUCAAGCUCUACAGAAACAUCUACAAGACUUUUCAGGGGACACAAAACUGCUGUGGGUACAUUUGCCUAAAUCUGGCCCUUCUCUCGUGCUGAAACAACAAGGGGUUAGGAAGGAUCUGGGAGAGCCUUGGGGCUCACAGAAGAUCUGGCUGCAAGGGCACAGUCUCCAGUCCAGUGCCCUGCUUGUAGCCACAACCCUACCAUUGGCUCAGGCUGGCUGUGGCUUUUUCUAGCUUGCUCAUCUCCAAGGUUGGAGGCUCCCAGCUGCCUGUUUUCUAAGAGGUUCCUUCUGUUGGUUUACGAGCAGCUGCUGAAGCACAGUGAUAACACACACUGAACACACUGAUAACACGUUUUGGUGGCUUGGGUGUAGGUAUUAGCAGGAAGAAAGAGCUCUGUUGCAAACAGUUCUUGAUCCCCAGACACUUUUCCUGCCCUGCAUUUCCCCAUUCCUUGCUCAGCACCAGCAAAAGCUUGUCUCCCUCAUGCAGGGCCAGGAGUGGAAUAUUUCAAGUCACAGAGCUGGGGGCUCCACUCAAUUUCCAGGAGCUCUCAUGCUAUUCCUGACCACUGUGGGUGAUGCCAGCUACUUGAUCUCUCUCUUUCCUUUCCAGUUGCAGAGUUUGGACCACAACAUUAAUUUUUCCCUGGAGUCCUUGAUAAAGGGAGACAUGAAAGAGAUCAAAGGGGAGUUCAAGAAGCCCCUUGAGAAGGCCUACAAAGACUAUGAGAGCAAACUCACAAAGAUAGAGAAGGAGAAGCGCGAGCUGGCGAAGCAGCACGGCAUGGUGAGGGGUGAGGUGAGCGGGGGGGAGAUCGCCGAGGAGAUGGAGAAGGAGCGCAGGAGCUUCCAGUUAAACAUGUGUGAGUAUCUAAUCAAAGUGAAUGAGAUCAAAACCAAGAAAGGGAUCGACCUGCUGCAAAACCACAUCAAGCACUGCAACACACAGUUCAAUUUUUUCCAGGAAUGUUUGAACACAACAGCAAAACUUAAGAAGUUCACAGAGGAGCUCAUCCCGGAGCUGCAGAGCCUGAAAGUCAGGCAGGAUGAGGAGAAGAAGCAGCUGUGUGCCCUUCGGGAUCAGCUGAAGGCAGCGUUGCAGCUGGAGCAGAGAGAGGACGUGGGGAGCAAGCAGGCCCGGUACAACAUGCAUCAGCUGCAGGGGAACAAGCAGUACGGCACAGAGAAGACAGGGACUCUCUUUAAGAAAAGCGAUGGGUUGAGAAAAGUCUGGCAGAAGAGGAAGUGCACUGUCAGCAAUGGCUACCUGACCAUCUCUCACAGCGUGUCCAACCGUCCUCCGGCCAAGUUGAACCUACUGACCUGCCAGGUGAAGCCAAACAUGGAUGACAAGAAAUGCUUUGAUCUGGUUUCACACAACCGCACGUACCGCUUCCUGGCAGAGGACGAGCAGGACUGUUUUGUAUGGGUGUCUGUCCUCAGCAACAGCAAGGAGGAGGCACUGAACGUGGCCUUCAGCAAGGUGCAGGGUGGAGGGGAGAGCAGCAGGGAGGAGCUGACCCGGGCCAUAGUUGAGGAGGUCAGAAACAUGCCUGGAAACAGGGAGUGCUGUGACUGCUUGGCCCCAGAUCCCACCUGGCUCUCCAUUAACCAUGGCAUCCUGAUCUGCAUUGAGUGCUCUGGGAUUCACAGAGAGAUGGGUGUGCACAUCUCCCGCAUCCAGUCACUGUCUUUGGACAAGCUGGCAACCUCCGAAUUGCUGCUGGCGAGGAACAUUGGCAACGCUGGUUUCAAUGGCAUCAUGGAAGCGAGUCUUUCCAGCUUUUCCCUGAAGCCCGUGGCACACAGUGACAUGGCCUUGCGAAAAGAAUUCAUCAUUUCCAAGUAUAUUGAGAAGAAAUAUGCCAAGAGGAGCCCUGCUGCUGAGUGCCCAAGCCUCCCAGAAGCUGUAAAGGGCAAGGACAUAUUUACUUUGCUCCAAGCUUACGCUGAGAACAUGGAUUUGAGCAAGCCUGUGCAGGCACACCUGCAGGAACCCGGGGAGACCAUCCUCCACCUGGCAGUGCUGUUGUCUGAUCGAACCUCUUUGCAUAUUGUUGAUUUUCUUGUCCAGAACAGCGGGAGCCUGGAAAAGCAGACCAUAGUGGGGAACACGCCGCUUCACUACUGCUGCUUUCACAACAAACCUGAGUGCCUCAAACUGCUGCUGAAGGCCAAAGCCAGCAUCAUCACCACUAACCAAGCAGGAGAGACGGCCCUGGACAUUGCCAAGAGGACAAGACAUCACCAAUGUGCAGAACUGCUGCUGCAGGCCCAGAACAAUCAGUUCAGCCCUCAUGUCCAUGUGGAGUACGAGUGGUGGCUGGGCCAGGAUGACAUGUAUGAGAGUGACGAUGAGCUGGAUGAGAAGCUGGGUCUUAUGAAGAGGGGGUCUUCCUGUCCGCAGAGCUGCUCCCAGCCUCCUGCCUCCAGACCAGAAGCAGCAGGGGCAGUGCCUCAGGGGAGGCGGCCAGACACCUAUGCCUUGGCACACACCCACCUCCGCAGCCUGGAUGUGCCACCAGCCCCCUCCUACCCACCUCCCUUCCCUCCCCAUCGGGCGAAGUCAGCUCCUGAAAGGAUGCGUCCACUUCUGACCAGCUCAUCUGUCUUUGCUGAGGACACAAGAACCAGGAGGAGCCCAUCCCUGCCUCUGAGCACCAAGCACAAGCGCACAUCCUCAGAUCCAGCUCCUUGGGUACCACUCAGCCCGGAGAAACCCAUCCUUGGUCUGGCUUCAGGUGCCCUGAUGGCCGCGGACUGCCUCUAUGCAUCUGUCUCCAGAAAAGCAGGACAACCUGGCCCACACCAAUCGUCCUACGAGUCAGAUCCAAGUUCUGGAAGUGCCUCAGAUGUCCCUCCUCCUCUUCCUCGGAGGAGCAGUUCAAACACACUGCUGUUCCGCAGGGUCCGCGCUCUCUAUGACUGCAGUGCUGACCGGGACGAUGAGCUGACUUUCCACGCAGGCGAGAUCAUUGUGGUGUCUGAAAAGGAGGACGACAACUGGUGGAAAGGCUGGAUUGAAGGGCAGCCCCACAGGCAAGGCGCCUUCCCUGCUUCCUUCGUUCAUGUGCUCAAUGAAUAGGAGCUGCUUUGAUCUGAGAGGGAAGAUGUCAUCAUGUGGAAUGUGAAACCCCCAAGCUCCCAUCUGCAUCCUCACUCCCAGCAUCACCUCUCCUCCCCUGGGCCAGUGGUGCUGAGGCCCCAGAGCCCCACACACUGCAGGCCUUGGGGCUGGGGUUCCUGGGUGAUGUGUGCUGGCUGCCAGCAGAUGCUCAACAUACAAAAGAAGAGAAUGAGGCAAACUUCAGUGCCCUGCCCUGAGCGUGCUGCCUGUCCUGAGUGUUGUGGAGAUGCGCCGCUGCCUUGCAGGGCUGUGGAGCUCUGAGUGGAGCCGUGCUGUUGUGCAGAGCCCAGGGUUGGAGGCUUCUGCUGAGGACAGAGCACAGUGUGAGCCUGGAAAGACAAAUGUCUGGUGAAGCCUGCAGAACAGAGUGUUUGUGCCAUCCCUGCUGCCUGCACUGGGUUUCACUGCUGGUGCUCCAGAAAACCUGCUCUGUGGCAGCUUAGGGCAUGGCUCCAGCAGCACCUGGCUCUAGGAGUGAUGGAGAGGAACUCUGAGCCCACUGCCAGUAAAUCCCAGGGCUUCGGUGCUUUGUGUUGUGCAGGGCUGUUCUGCUUUGUGUUUCCAUCUCCAUUUCUCCUUUUUCCUUUUGGCGUUCUUCCUUCAGCGUCCAACAUCUUCAGGUGAAAUCACUCAUGGUUCAGCUUACACAGCUUUUCUCCAGGGCCUGGCACAUGUCUCAGUCUUCUUCUCUUCUUCCUGAACCAAAAUCCUGUCCAGGUGUCAUAAGGAAGCCAAGCACUGGAUGCACCAGACUGUAGAGUGGAAGUUGAACCACCCCAGCACGAUUUACAGGGUCAAGAGGGCAAGGUUGUGCCUGGCAGCUUCUCCCACCCCCGGUGUUAUCAGUCAGAUAGGACCUAACCUUUGUACAAGUCGUCAAUGCGUAUCCUUAGAUACAACAAAUAUGUGCUUUUGCCUCGGUUAGGGUGACCAUUCUUGAAGCUGUUAAGGAGCUCUUAAUCACUCUGCAAGGACUAAGCUUGUCUUCAAAGAUCAGAGCACCUUAAGAAAAGGUAGUUAAGGAAGCUAGCCCGCAGGAAGGGAGAUUAGCCCUGUCUUUAACUGACCAGUUGUAGGCUGGACGCUGUAUGAGGGUUGUGGUCAAGUGAUAAAAGUAUGCAUUAAAAAGUGUCAUGAAAUCUUG